CAUCGCUGGGAUCCCCCCCUCACCGCUGGGACCCCCGCUCACACCCUGGCAGUAAGGAGACUUUGCCCCCCGUGUUCCCUGCAGCCCGCCCCGCUCCGUGCUCUGCAGAGAGAAGGAGGAAACCUCUGGCAGAGGGAAGGAGGAAACCGGGCGGCAGCUGGGAGCUAUGAGCAGUGCAGAGGAGGACUACAACUUCGUCUUUAAAGUGGUUCUGAUUGGGGAAUCCGGCGUGGGCAAAACCAACCUGCUGUCCCGCUUCACCCGCAACGAGUUCAACCACGACAGCCGCACCACCAUCGGCGUGGAGUUCUCCACCCGCACCGUCCUGGUGGGAGACGCCGCGGUGAAGGCACAGAUCUGGGACACGGCUGGGCUGGAGCGGUACCGCGCCAUCACCUCUGCGUACUACCGUGGGGCUGUGGGUGCUCUGGUCGUCUUUGACAUCACCAAGCACCAGACGUACGACGUGGUGGAGCGUUGGCUGAAGGAGCUCUAUGACCACGCCGAGGCCAGCAUCGUGGUCAUGCUGGUGGGCAACAAGAGCGACCUGGCGCAGGCGCGGGAGGUGCCCACGGAGGAGGCGAAAAUGUUUGCAGAGAACAACGGGCUGCUCUUCAUUGAGACGUCGGCGCUGGACUCCACCAACGUCGAGCAGGCGUUUGAGACCGUCCUGAAGGAGAUCUUCAGCAAAGUGCAGAAGCAGAAGCAGAGCAGCAGCCAAAGCAGCACGGUGUCACUCGGCAGCGAGAGCCCCGACGGCGCUGCCCCAGCGCAGGCGGAAAAGCGCCCGUGCUGCGUGGCCAUCUGAGCUC